CGAUUGGGGGCGGCCGCAGCUGACUCAGGCUCGUCUGUCUCGGAUCUGAUCUCAGCACCGGGGCCUUCGAAGGGAGAGUUCAGUUUCCUCCGAGACUGCCUCUCCAGGAUGUCAGACUGGGUGACUCAGGGCCCCUCCUCCCGGGAGGGGGGAGGGGGGCCUUGACCAGGGAACUGAAAGUUGUCUUUGUUGCGGGUUAGACGGGGAGGAAUCCUGAGGAACAGGUCAGAUGGAGGCUCAGGUCGAAACCCCGCCUCCUUCUCGUCGUCCUCCUCCCCCCUCCUCCACCACGCCCUCAAGCCUUAUAACUCCGCAACCUCUGGCGGGAAGCUUUAUCUGUUGCACCUGCCGGCCAGAGCGAGCCUCUCUUCUAGGCGUGGCUGUCCUGUAGUCCUGAACUCCCGCCACGACCGGACCUCUCUCGCCACAUCCGCGGCACUUGAAUCUCCCGCUCGGGCGUCUCCAGGUACCCAGCCCCAGCUUUCCUUGGUUCUCGGCUCCCGCUCAGGCUCCGGGCAUGGGGUCCAUGGGGCUCCAGGUAGUGGGCAUUGCCCUGGCCGUGCUGGGCUGGCUGGCUGCUAUGCUCUCCUGCGCGCUGCCCAUGUGGCGGGUGACGGCCUUUAUCGGCAGCAACAUCGUGACGGCGCAGACCAUCUGGGAGGGCCUGUGGAUGAACUGCGUGGUGCAGAGCACCGGCCAGAUGCAGUGCAAGGUGUACGACUCGCUGCUGGCGCUGCCCCAGGACCUGCAGGCCGCCAGGGCCCUGGUGGUCAUCUGCAUCAUCGUGGCGGCACUGGGAGUCCUCCUGGCCCUGGUGGGUGGCAAAUGCACCAACUGUGUCGAGGAUGAGACCUCCAAGGCCAAGACCAUGAUCGUGGCUGGCGUCGUCUUCCUGCUGGCCGGCAUCCUCAUCAUCAUCCCCACCUCCUGGACGGCCCACAACGUCAUCCGGGACUUCUACAACCCCAUGGUGGCUUCCGGGCAGAAGAGGGAGAUGGGGGCCUCCCUGUAUAUCGGCUGGGCCGCCUCAGGCCUGCUCCUGCUCGGAGGGGCCCUGCUCUGCUGCAACUGCCCGCCUCGAAGUGAGAAGCCCUACUCUGCCAAGUACACCGCUGCCCGCUCUGCCCCUACCAGCAACUACGUGUAGGGAGCACCAGGAGGACGUUGGACAGAAGGGGGGAUGGGCCCAGAGGCCUGCCGGGGCUGCCCUUUCUUGCCUCUGCCCCUUACUGGACUCGCCCCUUUCUCCUCCAUUCUCCCUGACCCAUUUGGGUCCCGGUGUCUGGCAGAGACAAGCCUCUGCCCUGGACGGCUCCCUCUGCCCAGAGCCUGGGUGGAUGGGAAGGUUAGGGUGGCUGGGUGCCUUUUGGAGUCAGGAGAGCAAAGAUUGCUGGGGGGGAUGCCACCUGUUCCAGGGGUUUGCUUUCUUCGACUCCUCCCUUCUCUCCCAGGCACUCUUCCCAGACUCCCUUGGGGGUGCCUGGAAACCCAGGGCUUUCUCCUGGGAGAAAUGCAGUGGGAGCAGGCUGGGGGAGGGGACUCUGCCUCUCUGGGGGCCUGCAGCUGGUCCUGCAGUUUUCCCAGAAAUAGAAAGAGGAAGAGCCCUUGGCUGAAUUGGCCCAGGUCCCACCUGCCUGCCCAGUGGCUCCUGGAAGACAAGGAAGAGACCUGGGCUGCUACUACUGAGCUGGCUCCAUCCUUUAGCCAGGGGCUCAGUGUCCCAGAUUCAAGGCUGGCUGGUUCUCUCCCUCCUGGAGUGUGUGUGUGUGUGUGUGUGUGUGUGUGUGUGUGUGUUUGUGUCCGUCAUCAAAUGGGUGGAUGUCCUCAAACCUAUUCCAAUCCUCUCUGCAUCCUCCAUGACCUCCCCAUCUCCUCUGUUCCCUCUAGUCUGGGCCCUUUCCUGGGAGGGUUCACUUUCUUCGUGGGAGUAGAUGGGUCCCUAAGUAAGCAGGGAGCCCAGCCACCCAGGGGCUAGUUAAGGGUGGCCAAGCCCCUCUCCAUCUCUUCCCCAGUGACAGGAACCCCAAAGUGGGCUAACUGGUUUAGGAGGGAGGGUGAUAGUGGGACAAACUGGUUUGGGAGGCAGGCCCAAGUUGGGAUGCGUAGCCUAGGCUGUCUCCUCCCUGCUCUCUCCCAUCUCUCAGAUUCCAGUGUUCUCAGGACAAACAAAUGGGGAGAGGGUAAAUGUCCCCCUCCCCAGAACCUCAAGGCAUUCUCCCUCCCAUCUCAGGGCAACUCAGCCAUAGAGCCUGGGGGUGGGGGAGAGUGGUACCCCAGGGAAGGUGGGCUGUUUGUGGGCUGGGGAGUAGUGAGUGCAGAUGAAGGGGCAUUUCUCUGUCCCCACCCCACUCCCUUUCUCCAGGGAUGCCAUCCUGCCUAGGAUGAUGCUUCUUUUUGUGAGAGGAGAAAACUCCAUAACUUUAAUUAUUAUUUUCUACAAUAAAACAAUCCUGUGUAUAUA